UCCGCCGGAGCAUUAUUACAUUACUCCCCAAAUGCAAAACCGACCGUCCUGAAGGGCAACGAAAGGAAAUGUAAGCAGAGCAGCAACCAAGCCGAGAAGCGAUGCCGAUUCGUUCCCUCUUCCUCACUCUCACACGGAACCUUCGCUCCUCCCACACUCCCUUUCUCACCUCCUCAAAAACCCUCUCUCGCUCGUUCUCUUCGGGUGCAUUGAAUCUCAAUCCCAUCGAAGAAUCUCAGCCACUUGGUGCCCCUGCAGAAGACGAUCUGAAGAGCAGGAUCCUCCGCCUCAGAUUCCCCAAGCGGAGCGCAACCACCCAGCUUCAGCGGUGGGUGAGUGAAGGGAAGGAUGCGACACUUCCGGAGCUUCGGCAGAUCGCUAAGGAGCUGAGGAGAUUGCAGCGGUACAAGCACGCACUAGAGGUAUCAGAGUGGAUGGUAACUCAUCAAGAAUUUGAGGUAUCAGGCCAUGACCAUGCAGUCCGCAUAGACUUGAUUACUAAAGUUUUUGGUACCAACGCUGCUGAAGAACAUUUCGAAGGGCUUCCAUCAACUGCAAAAACCAAUGAAACCUACACUGCGCUCCUCCACUCAUAUGCUUCGGCAAAACAGACUGAAAAGGCUGAGGCGCUCUUUGAAAGAAUCAAGGAAUCAGGCCUCACCCUAAGUGUGCUUGCAUGUAAUGAAAUGAUGACAUUGUAUAUGUCAACCGGACAGCUGGAUAAGGUUUCUUUAGUCAUGGAAGAGUUGAAAAGGCAGAGGGUUUCACCAGAUCUGUUCACGUACAAUCUUUGGAUCAGCUCAUGUGCUGCUACUCUUGACAUUGAUGGCAUAACAAGGAUUCUUGAAGAAAUGAGCCGGGAUUCCAAUUCAAAUGAAAGUUGGAAAACAUACAUGACAUUGACCAACAUAUAUAUUACUGCUGGUCGUCUUGUAGAUUCAAAGAACGCUCCAGUUGAAGCCGACAAAAAGAUUACUCAGAGAGAAUGGAUAACCUAUGACUUCCUUAUUAUUCUUUAUACCGGUCUGGGAAACAAAGAGAGGAUUCUUGAAAUAUGGAAGUCUCUGAGAAUGACCUCUCAGAAGAUGACCAGCAGAAACUAUUUAUGUAUUCUGUCUUCGCAUGUUAUGCUCGAGCAGCUGAAAGAAGCAGAAGAAGUUAUUGAUCAAUGGAAGCAAUGUGACCCGGACUUUGAUGUAACUGCAUGUAAGCGACUUUUUGAUGCAUUUUUGGAUGCUGGCAGUGUGGAAAAGGCAGAGUCACUUCGUCAGCUUCUGCUACAGAAGGAUUGUAAUCUCGUUGAUUGGACUCUAUGAACAGUAAGUUUCAUUAUCUUGUGUUGUGUGAUUGGAGUUCUAUUUGGUUCUGGCAACAGGAUUUAUGAUGGGCUGUCUUAUUUUUCCCUAGCAUACGGGUGGAGGAGACAACUUCAAGAAGUCUCUAGAUCCGAGCAUUAUAUGAUAGCUCCAUCCAUUUGUAGUGGUGACUGCUGGAUGAAUAAAUGAUCACCAGGAAGAUUGGGUUGGCUCACAGUUUUGCGAGGUUGGUUAUAUUUUUUGUACUUUGUGUUUCGUAAUCUAUAAAAAUAUGAAGAGAUUCAAUUGCCACUA